CUGCCCUGACACCGCGCGCGCACUGGAAGCCGCCUCGGCCCAGCUCGUGCGGAACGUCCAGUGCGUGGCGUUCCCCACCGAGACGGUCUACGGACUAGGCGCACUCGCACUCGACGCAUCCGCCGCGGCGAAGAUAUUCUCCACGAAGGGCCGGCCGGCCGACAACCCGCUGAUCGUGCACGUCUCGUCCCUGCCCAUGCUGCGCACGCUCCUGCCGCGCGGCUACACCCUGCCGCGGCCGUACGCGGCGCUGGUGAAGCGCUUCUGGCCGGGCGCGCUGACGCUGCUGUUCCCGUGCGACGCGCAGAUCGUGCCGCCCAUCGUGACCGCGGGCCAGAAGACGGUGGCGGUCCGCAUGCCGUCGCACCCCGUCGCGCGCGCGCUCAUCGCCCUCGCCGAUGCGCCGCUCGCCGCGCCGAGCGCAAACUCCUCUGGGAAGCCGAGCCCCACGCGCGCGGAGCACGUCGUGCGGGAUCUCGAGGGGCGCGUUGCGAUCGUCCUGGACGGUGGCGCGUGCGGCGUGGGGGUGGAGAGCACCGUCGUCGACGGGUUGCAUCCGGACGGCGCGAUUCGCGUGCUGCGGCCGGGUGGUGUGACGGUUGAGGACCUGGAGCGCGUUCUGCAGGAGGAGCUGGGCGGGGAGGAGGUGCCGCGGGUUCUGGUCCAUCGACGCGAUUACGCCGACGAGGCGAUCGAGAGCGCGCCGACGACACCCGGGAUGAAGUAUCGGCACUAUUCCCCUGCGGUGCCAGUGCAGCUGAUCUACACGUCGGGCGACGGGCGGGAAGACCGCGAGUGGGAAGAUGCGCAGGCUUUGUGGAAAUCGCUCCGAUUGCCAGAUCGGGCAGUCAAAGUGGGCCUCUUGGCGCAGGAUGAUUCCGCUCUGGGAUUAUGCCAUCCCCCCGGCGAACUGCAUCUCGAGAGAUUCUCACUGGGGCCAUCAUCUGAGCCUGCGCAAGCGGCUCAGCGUCUUUUUGACGGUCUCUUAACUCUGGAGCGUAAUGGCGUCGACAUCAUCCUAAUUGAGGCCGUCCUCGAAGAAAGAGAGGGUUUAGCAGUCAUGAAUCGCGUCAAAAAGGCUGCGGGAGAGUCCAGAUUUGUGCGAUUGUCUGUUUAGAUAGUAGCUGUUCAUAGACAACAUAUGUAUGUGUAAGUAGUGUAUUUUAAUCUACAGAAAG